AUGAAUAAGGAUAUUACAACACAACUUAAAGUGCUUCAGUGCUGUCAGUGUCAGAAUGACGUAGGAUUUUACUGUAGACCAUGUAAACAAAAUCUGUGUAUGACAUGUAAGCAGAAACACGCUAUGUACCUCGAUACCAAAGGCCAUGAUGUCGUUAUUUACCGUUUAAAGCAUGGGGACUUUAUAAUACUAGAGUCAUGUGAUAUACACCCAAACUGCAAAUAUAAAAUUUGGUGCAAAUCCUGUGAGUGUCCCACCUGUGAUAGAACUGAUGAACAUCAAGGACACGGAAAUCUGGAUAUCGUAUUAGCCUGUACGGUUCAAAAACAGGAACACAGGGAAAAAAUUAUUCAGAUUAGAGGCGAAAGUCUCCCAUACAAUCGUACGAUCCUAGCAGGCCUCAAAUCUGACGUCAAAAUAGACGGAAAAACAUUGAAAGCACAAUUUUCCAGCAUCCAACAAGAGGUUGCAAUUAAAGCUGCAAACUUGAAAAAACUUAUCGAAAUACAUAGUAAGGCACUUAAUGAUUUACGUAAAACAAAUAUUUUUAUGGAUUUUGUAUUGAAGCAUCAAAAUAUAAAGGAAUAUGUACUUAGAUACGAGAAACUAGCGAAGAAGUCUGUCAAGUUUCUGCAGUUCACAAAGAAAACCCCUGUCCCCAAGACAAUAGAACUUCCUGAUAACAUAAAAUGGGAUUUUAGUAAAGAAAUAAGUAUAAGGGACAUUUUUGAGCUAUUGGUUGACAUCAAAACUACAGAGUCAGGAAAAAGACAAGUAAGAAAUGAACAUUUGUUGAGGCUGAUAAAAGGGCCUAUCAUAAAUAUGAAGGAUGUUGUUGUGCCUAACUUAAAUCAAGGUGGACACAUUUCCUUUGUGACACCAGAUAGGAUUUGGGUCCGUGAUGGAUGCAGUCUUAUUUUGACAAAGUUCUGA